UAUUUUGUUUGUUGGUUGGUUGGUUGUUCUUUAAUUUGAUAAGGAGAGUUCAGUUUGGCAGCGCAAGAAAUAUGUAUUCAUUAGAUUUCACUAAUGGAAAUUGUUCAACUAAAGUAGCCUCAUGGAGUCAUGUUUUGUCCAUCCAUUUGCUCCCUGCCUCGCAUAUAUGUGCAUGGAUAUAGAUAUAGGUAUAGGUAUAGAUAUAGAUAGACAUACACAAACAGGUGCACACACCUGUUCCCAUAUUUUGAACUCUGCUGGUUUUAGACUGUCUUUAGUCCACAAGAAGAAUCAACAAAAAUCCCAAGGCUAUUAAUAUUUGACUGGAACAAAAAUAACUGCAACAGAAAGGAUUUUCCAGAAAGAUUUGAGGGAAAUAUAAAAAAUAAGAGGCAAGUUAUGUUCUACAACGCACAUUUGCACAGUUCUAGGUGAAAUUCCUGAGAAACUGGCACACUUUUCCAAGGCUAUCGAACCCAGGCACUCAGGAGCUAUAUACAAAAUAGCAAGUAGCUCUGAAAACCUUAUUUUAGCCAUCUCAUUUGCAACCCUUUUUGUUAAAGAUUACCUGACUUACUGUGACAUACCUCUGUAUCCCAAGCAGGAUGAACUUACAUGAUGUGUGGUCUGUGGUGAGGUUGGCUUCACAGGUUCUGUGAGUGUCCGUGCUGAGGUGAAUUAAGCGAAAGCAGUACAGAGGAGUCCGAAGUGGUGGCUUUGCAGUUGAGUGAUGACACCGUUCAUCCAGGAGAUGUGAAACAAUCCAAGGUGGAAAGGCAAAGAGCCGUUUUGUGGAGGGUGUUUUGCCAGCUGAAGACUGGGAGUUGGUGGAGCAUGAAGAAGGCCUUGAGGCUAGGCGUCUGCACUGAGGGGUAUUAUGCUUCUACAGGCUACAAAAUCUUUUAGGACUUUUUCAGCCAGCAGGCAAAACUGUCUAUUGGAUUUCCAGCCUAUUUCCACUGUAGGAAGCUGUUUUAUAGAGAAGGUGAGGUCAUGGCCCUUUCCCGCUUUUUGGAGGGAAGUCCAUCCCCCAUGAGGUGUUGGUUAUUCACUCUUGCUUUCUGUCCUCCACUGAGGCUGUGUGUAGAGAAGUUAUAGUCUGACCCUUAACUUUGAUCUCCCCUUUAAUUCUGAAAAAUGCAGGAGGUCUAUUUUUAUUCAAGAAGGGAUAAAGAACUAAUGUGGAGGUUGGAGGCCUGGCCCUGCUGAAAAGCGCGGUGUCAGUUAUUGUACAUAUGUGCUAGCCCUCAUUAAAACUUCUGCAUGUAUUAACUAUUUCUAUUUAUUUUUUUUUCUUUUAAUUGUUACUUCUUAGUUAUUUUUUAUUUACAAUCCUGUACUUUUGUGAGGUUUUUGUUGCAGCUUUUCAGGUUUUUUUUACAAGAAUUUAUGUGUUACAGCUCUGGAACCUCUUUAGAGCACAACUGCUUUCCCCGCUUGUAGGAUAACAGGAGAUUAACUACGACUGCGCCUUUUGUUGCUGUUCACACGUGGUGUUGAGUCAUUUUCAGAUUAUUCUCAGGAUCAGGUAAUGAUUAGGUGCAUUGCACUGGAGGAUUGUGUUUACACUGUAUCCAUUAGGGCUCUGAAAGUGCUGAAUGCGGGGCAUGUUCAGGACAGACCCGCGCUGCACUUCCUGGUCAGAAUGCCUUCGGCCAGGACCUUUGUACGUGUCCGUUCAGCAUAAAACCAGGAAACAGUCUGGAGCCCAAACACGGCUGAGAGAUGGCUCCUCGAAGCCAGAUUGCUUUGCUUUGUAGUAUAGCAUUCAUCGUUUGCGGAGCAGAAGGACAGAAUGGUGCUGAGCCAGAAGUGACUAUUGCACUUGGACGGCUCAAAGGGAGACAAACUAUUGUGAAGGAGACGGACAGACUUGUAAAUGUUUUCCUUGGAAUUCCUUUUGCAAAAGCCCCUGUUGGACCCUUGAGGUUUUCCCCACCUGAACCACCUGAACCCUGGAAUGAACUGAGAGAUGCAACUUCUUACCCACCAAUAUGUCCUCAAGAUCUGUCCUUGUUGAAAAUAGCUGAAAAAAACUUUAAAGAAAAACAUAUUCCGUUCCGAACUUCUGAAGACUGUUUGUAUCUAAAUGUUUACAGUCCUGCUGGUUCAAACAAGAACAAGUUACCUGUCAUGGUGUGGAUCCAUGGAGGCAAUUUUAUAUUCGGUGGUGCUUCUAGAUAUGAUGGUUCUGCACUAGCAGCCUACGAGAAUAUUGUGGUAGUAUUAAUUCAGUACAGACUUGGACUCCUUGGAUUCUUCAAUACUGGCGAUGAACACGCACGUGGGAACUGGGGAUUUUUGGAUCAAGUGGCGGCUCUUCAGUGGGUCCAAGAAAAUAUUGAACGCUUUGGUGGAGACCCAGGAUCUGUCACGCUCUUUGGUGCAUCUGCAGGAUCUUGCUCUGUAUUUGCACAUAUUUUAUCUCCUAUGUCUAAGGGUCUCUUUCAUAAAGCAAUAUUAGAGAGUGGAAUUAUAAUCCCUCCAGAUAAAGCUUUACAUCUUACAACAGAUCUUAAGCGUAUUGCAAGUAUAUUUAAGUGUGAGAUGAGCAGCUCACUCUCACUGAUAAACUGCUUAAGGAACCAGGAAGCAAACAAUAUAGUCUUUAACAGUACGGAUAUCACAUUUCUACCUUUAGUUUUGGAUGGAGUAUUUCUUCACAAGUCGCCUGAAGAGAUAUUGGCUGGAAAAGAAUUUAAUGCAGUCCCAUUUAUGAUAGGAGUCACCAACAAUGAAUUUGGCUGGAACAUGAGAUCUACAUCAAGAAUACCAGGUUUGAAGGAAAUAGGAGAUAAAAAAUCAAUCAUUUCAACUUUAGAGUUCUUUCUCCCACUGAUAGAUUUACCACCAGAGUUUCUGCCUGUGAUAGUGGAUGAGUAUCUAGGAAACACUGAUGAUCCUGCUGAGCUACGGGACGGAUUUCUGGAAUUAUUAGGGGACUUAGGAAUUGUCAUACCAUCCAUUAGAGCACUGAAUUACUACAGGGAGUCUGGAGCUCCUACCUACUUCUUUGAAUAUCAACAUCGGCCCAUCUCAUACAGGGAUAAUAAACCAGCGUAUGUGAAAGCUGAUCACGGAGAUGAAGUUGGGUUUGUCUUUGGAGGACCAUUUCUGGCUGGUGAUAUUCAGCUACGGAGUGAAGUUACUGAGGAAGAAAAGAACCUUAGUAGAACUCUGAUGAAGUACUGGGCUAACUUUGCUCGAAAUGGAAAUCCUAAUGGAGAGGGUUUGGUUGAAUGGCCAUCUUACAACCUAAAUGAAGAAUACUUACAGAUAAAUCUAAAGCAAAAGAAAGCCAGCAAGUUGAAAGAAAAGAAGGUAGACUUCUGGAGAAAGGUGAUGUUUGAAAAGACAAAUAGCAAAAGAACGGAAAACAAGAAGGUUAAUUCGGAGUUAUAGUGUACAGUCUGAACAUGCACAUAAUACGCAAACUAUUAGGAUAGUAAAAGAAAUUACUUAAAUCAAUGUUCUUUUCACCUUUGCUUCACACUUUUCAUAAUUGCAAUUAUUUCAGUUACGUAUUUGUAAUAAUUCCGAUUGAUUUAUUUCCCCUUUGUGAUCCUUUACUUCUUCCUGGAUUUGCAUCUGCAACAGAAGCCUCACUUAAUAAAUUUGGUUACCUAAUUUCCCUACUGCUCAAGUUUUUCUGUCGCUUCCCCAUGACUGAAGACAGAAUGUAGCAGCAACAUCAUUUUAAUAAAGUGAAAUCAAUAAAGACGG